AUGGCGGUUUUCACCGAAUUGAUCCAAAGUCCCUAUGCAGUCCAAGGUCUGGUCAUCUCCCUUGUCACCGUGCUCCUCUCCAUAUUUUGGCAAGAUCUGGCAGACGAAAUCCCCCAUCGUCGAAUCCCCCUAAUCGGCAAGGAUGGAUGGGAUCCUCUCAAUAAGAAGACCAGGCAGCGCUUUACAUCCAGUGCGCGAGAGUUGAUCCUCGAGGGAUUCGCCAAGGGGGCCAAUAUCUUUCAGCUCAUCUCUGUGAGACCACUGAUUAUCCUUCACCCCAAAUAUAUCGACGAGAUCAAGAAUCACCCCCAUUUGGAUUUCCAGGGUGCUGUUGAGAGGAACUUCUUCGACAAUCGCAUCUCCGGAUUCGAGCCAUUCCAUGCUGGCGUCGGCGGGCAGGUAACUGUCGAUUUGGUGCGGACCAAAUUGACCCAAGCACUCGGCUCAUUGACGAUUCCACUAUCGAAAGAAAGCGCAGUAGUUGCAAAGGAGAUCUUUCCCCCUACAACCGAAUGGACACCAUACAACUUCUCCGCAAAGAUCCCCUAUGUCGUCGCGCGUCUCUCAACUCGCGCCUUUUUAGGCGAAACGCUCGCCAACAACAAAGAAUGGAUUGACAUCUCGGUCAACUACACCAUCGACGCCUUCAACGCCGCCCGUGAACUGCGACAGUGGCUAACUAUUUUGCGUCCGGUGGCGCAGUACUUCCUCACAACAACGCGGAAACUCCGAAGCCAUCUAUCAAAGGGGAAAAUGAUCAUUGAUGCAGAGAUCAAGAGACGGCAUCUAGCUGCCGAAAGCGAAAGCGAAAGCGACAACGAGCCCCGACUUCAGGACACAUUGGACUGGUACGAGCAAUUGUCUAAAUCAUCCGGUCGACCUGUCAACGUGUCGAAUGGCCAGAUCGCGCUGUCAAUGGCUGCUAUCCAUACCACGUCCAAUCUAUUGACGAAUGUUAUGUAUGAUCUCGCUGCGUACCCAGAGUAUAUCCAGCCACUGCGCGACGAGAUUCUGGCCGUGAUAGCUGAGGACGGAUGUUUGAAAAAGUCCAGUCUAUUGAAGCUGAAAUUGAUGGACAGUGUGAUGAAAGAGACGCAGCGAGUUCAUCCCGUUUCUAUGGUCUCCCUAAGCCGCCUCGCCAAAAAAGAAAUCCCCCUCAGCGACGGAACAAUCAUACCAAAGGGCGCAAUGAUCGGCGUAUCAACACACACAAACACAGACCCAACAAUCUACCCCUCGCCCGAGCUCUACGACGGCUACAGAUUCCACAAGAAGCGCCAACAACCCGGCAACGAGCAGCGCUUCCAAUUCGUCACGACCUCGCGCGAGAGUUUCGGCUUCGGGCACGGCGUGCACGCUUGUCCGGGCCGCUUCUUCGCGGCGAAUGAGUCGAAGAUCUUUCUUGUGCACUUGUUGCUCAAGUAUGAGUGGAAAUUGAAGGGUGCGGACCGUGACGGUGACGGUCAUGCUGGGCCCGGGGUGGCUGCUGGGCGGCCGGCGAAUUUCGAUCAUGGGACGGAGAUCAUUACGGAUCCGGGGGUUGAGUUGCUUUUCCGGUCCAGGGGGGUGGUGGAGAUCGACCUUGCUGCGCUUGGGGAGUAG